AUGGCCACAGCCGCCUCCAACCCCUACAGCCUGCUGGGCGCCGGCGCGCUCGGCCCCGCCGACGGCGCGGGCAUGCAGCAGGGCGGCGCGUUCCGCGGCCCGCAGAAGCUGCUGCAGGGCGAGUACCUGCAGGGCGUCCCCGGCGGCGGGCACCCGCUGGGGGGGCACCACUGGGUGACGGGCCUGGGCGACGCCGGGGCCUGGCCCGCCGCGCUGGCCGGCGGCCCGCUGGAGCAGCCCGACGUGAAGCCGGGCCGCGAGGACCUGCAGCUGGGCGCCGUGGCGCACCACCGCUCGCCCCACGUCGCGCACCACUCGCCCCACGCCACGCACCCCGGCGCCUGGGGCGCCAGCCCCGCGCACAGCGCCGCGCUGGCCCCCGCCGGGCAGCCCCUGGGCGCCUACCCGCAGGCCGGCUUCGCGGUGGGCGGCAUGCUGGAGCACGGCGGCCUCACCCCGCCGCCCGCCGCCGCCGCCGCCGCCGCCGCCGCGGCCGCCGCCGCCGCCGCCGCCGCCGCGCAGGGCUUGCACCCGGGGCUGCGCGACGGCGGCGAGCACGGCGAGCUGGGCGGGCACCACUGCCAGGACCACUCGGACGAGGAGACGCCGACGUCGGACGAGCUGGAGCAGUUCGCCAAGCAGUUCAAGCAGCGCCGCAUCAAGCUGGGCUUCACCCAGGCCGACGUGGGGCUGGCGCUGGGGACGCUCUACGGCAACGUCUUCUCGCAGACCACCAUCUGCCGCUUCGAGGCCCUGCAGCUCAGCUUCAAGAACAUGUGCAAGCUGAAGCCGCUGCUGAACAAGUGGCUGGAGGAGGCCGACUCCUCCACCGGCAGCCCCACCAGCAUCGACAAGAUCGCGGCGCAGGGCAGGAAGAGGAAGAAGCGCACCUCCAUCGAGGUGAGUGUCAAGGGCGUGCUGGAGACGCACUUCCUCAAGUGCCCCAAGCCGGCCGCCCAGGAGAUCUCCUCGCUGGCCGACAGCCUGCAGCUGGAGAAGGAGGUGGUGCGGGUCUGGUUCUGCAACCGGCGGCAGAAGGAGAAGCGCAUGACGCCGCCGGGCGAGCAGCAGCAGCAGCAGCAGCAGCACGACGUCUACUCGCACGGCGUCAAAACGGACACGGCCUGCCACGACCUCUGA